AUGUCGAGAGACAAAUAUGAAAAAAUCGAGAAGAUAAGCGAAGGAAGCUAUGGAAUCGUUUACAAGUGCCGCAAUCGAGAGACCAGGGCUAUCGUGGCCGUCAAGAGGUUCAUCGAGUCCGAAGAUGAACUGAAUAUAAAGAAGAUUGCGAUGCGCGAGAUACGCAUGCUCAAGUCGCUGAAACAUCAAAAUCUUGUGAAUCUGAUUGAGGUCUAUCGCAAAUCGCGACGUUUACAUCUGGUGUUUGAGUAUUGCGACCACACUGUACUGACGGAGCUCGAGCAGAACCCACACGGGCUUCCGGAACAAUCAAUAAAGAGGAUAAUCUGGCAAGUGCUCAAAGGCCUCCAGUUCUGUCAUCAUCAAAAGUGCAUCCAUAGAGACGUGAAGCCAGAAAACAUACUGAUUACGAAGCAAGGCCAAAUCAAGCUGUGCGACUUUGGAUUUGCUCGAAUCUUGAACCCUGGAGACGAUUUGACAGACUACGUCGCCACGAGGUGGUACCGAGCGCCGGAACUGAUUGUUGGAGAUUUGAAGUACAACAGUGCCGUCGAUAUUUGGGCAGUAGGCUGCGUGUUUGGCGAGCUUCUCAAUGGGCAACCCAUUUGGCCGGGAAAAUCAGAACUGGACCAGCUGCAUAAGAUUCAAAAGACAUGCGGCGAGUUAAUAAUUCAACACAAGAAACUCCUCCAAACCAACAAGUAUCUUCGCGGCCAGCAUCUGCAUCUAACGAGUCCACGGGAACGGGUUCCAAUCGAAGCCCUCUAUCCAAAAGCACCAAACCAUACGAUCAGCUUUUUAAAGAAUUGUUUGCAAAUGGACCCAACAAUGCGAUUGGAUUGUGGAGAACUCCUUGACCACGCGUACUUCGAUAGUUUCCGUGACGAGCUGGAGAUCAUGUCAAAGUCGACGGAAUCGUUCGCGCGAAAGCCCCGACGACCUCGCAACGGCAGACCGGUACCUGGAGCUUAUAACAAUGGAAACCACUACUCAAACCACGUUCUUUCAUUUCCGAACAUACUGCCACAUCUGAUGUCAAACAGCAAUCCAAUUUCGCACAGUCCGACGCUCUUCUCCAGCAACAAUUACCACAGUCUUCAUUCCGAGUCCAAGGUGUCGCUAUCCAAAAAAGACCGAUACUUUCCAGCAACGAAAAAAUUUGGAAACGGUCCAAACUUUCCGAAGCUUUGA